AUGGAAAAGGACAACACAACAGUAUUUACAGACUUUGUUCUCACAGGACUCUCAUAUCGACAGGAGUGGCAAAUCCCGCUGUUCCUCGUGUUCUUGGUGAUCUAUCUCAUCACCAUUGUGGGAAACCUCGGUCUUAUUGUUCUCAUCUGGAAUGACUCUCAACUUCACAUCCCCAUGUACUUAUUCCUUGGGAGUUUAGCCUUUGUGGAUGCUUCCAUGUCAUCUGCAGUGACCCCUAAGAUGCUGGUCAACUUUUUUGCCAAGAGUAAGAUGAUAACAUUUUCUGAAUGUAUGAUUCAAUUUUUUUUCUUUGCAGUCAGUGGAACCACAGAAUGUUUCCUUUUAGCCAUUAUGGCCUAUGACCGCUAUGUAGCUAUAUGCAACCCCUUACUUUAUCCAGCAAUUAUGACCAAUAGACUGUGUACCUGGCUGUUAGUCUCAUCUUUUGUAGGUGGCUUCAUAAAUUCUGCAUUUCAUGUAGUUUUGUUAUUCAGAUUGACCUUCUGUAAUUCUAACAUACUACAUCACUUUUACUGUGACAUCAUGCCUUUGUAUAAGAUUUCCUGCACAGACCCUUCUAUUAACAUUCUAAUGGUUUUUAUUUUAUCUGGUUUGAUUCAGGUCUUCACUAUUAUGGUUGUUCUUAUCUCUUAUUCAUUUGUUCUCUUUACAAUCUUAAAAAAGAAAUCUUCAGAAGGUAUAAGGAAAGCCAUCUCCACCUGUGGGGCCCAUUUCUUAUCUGUGUCUUUGUACUAUGGUUCUUUGCUCUUCAUGUAUGUGAGCCCUGGAUCUGCACAAUCAGAAGAUCAAGAUAUGAUGGAUUCUCUGUUUUACACAAUCAUAAUUCCUCUGCUAAAUCCAAUUAUCUACAGCAUGAGAAAUAAGAAAGUGAUAGACUCAUUGGCAAAAAUGUUAAAUGUUUAG